UGGCCAUUACGUUCGCUCAUAUACAAUAAGUACACAUAAUACCCUGCUAAGCGCGCUGCACAUUAGCAUUCUGAGUCAUCCACCUUCAAACGAGGGAUGAACCGAAAACUCCAGUUAGAAUACCCACUUCAUCGCCUGGUUUACCUGGAUGACGUAGAAGAACUUAAAAAGGUACUGGCUAAUGAGGAAGUCGAGCUGGAAAAGUUGGAUUGUCGCGGAAGGACCCCUUUGAUGCUAGCCGUCACAUUAGGACACAAGCAGUGCGCAGAAGAACUCUUGAAAAAGGGAGCUGAUGCAGAUGCGCAAAAUAAAGAAAUGUGGUCGGUGAGCCAUGAAGCAAUAUCUUACGGCGAUCCAGAUAUGGUAAAAACAGUUCUCAUGCAUCGUGAUCAUCAAAGAAGUGUUAGAGGAGCGCAUGGUAUGAAGGAAAGCUUGCAGACUUUGGCGAACUCUACCGAUUUUUAUUGUGAGAUGGGUUGGGAGUUUGCAAGUUGGGUGCCCUUCAUCAGUCGAAUGUGCCCAUCGGAUACUUACAGGAUAUACAAACAAGGUGCAAAGGUCAGAAUUGAUACAACAUUAGUAGGAUUCGAAGCUUCAAGUUGGAAGAGAGGUAACCAAACGUAUAUUUUUCGAUUAGAAGAGGAUGGAGCUCCACAAUUCAUCAUCAUUGAUCAUGAGGCGAAAACUGCCAAUGUGCAAACCCUGAGGGAUGACGAGCCCCUGGAUGAGUUCGCUCCAACUGAAAGUGCUGUAGAGUUGCGGAUGACUUCGCCGAUAUCGACUACCUUUAUCGAUGUCGAUAAGAUUGGGUUUGAGCGCUCUUACCGUGGUGGACUUCUUGGCUGGAUAAGCAGCACAGAGAAAACGGAGACCAUUGAUGAGUACGAAUGCAAGGUCUUCAAUGCCUCCAAUGUGAAUCUUGUCACUAAAACUAGGAAGGAACAUUUGUCUGGAGAGGAGUCCAGUCGAGCUAGACAGGAGGAAGGCUCAAAUUUGCUUUCCAAUCUGCUGAGUACAAUCGUGAGAACUGAAACCAGUGAAGAAUCCACCAGCGAAAAUUUGGCUGAUACCGGUCUAACUGUAGAUGAAUAUUUAGACCCUGAAUUUCCUCUUAAUGGUGAUAUCGGUAAACCAAAGCAGGUGACGAAGAAGUCAAAUAAUUUCAAAGCAACAUUAUGGCUAGCAGAAGAUUUUCCCCUUUCAUUCCAAGAACAAGUCAUGCCUAUAGUUGAUUUGAUGGCUGCCAACAGUGCACAUUUUGCUAGGCUGCACAAUUUUAUCCGCAUGCAACUCCCUGCAGGUUUUCCUGUUAGGAUUGAAAUUCCCUUAUUCCAUGUUGUGAGCGCCAAGAUUACUUUUAGUCAAAUUAAUGAACCAGGACCGUUUGUAACACCCCUUGAGACAAUGGCCAACUUCAAAGUCACUGCGGUUGCUAUCGAGGAUGACCUUUUCGAAAUACCUGCGUCUUAUCGAACAAUCGACGAUUUGAAUACAAGUCUAUGGUGGCCAGAAGAUGAACAAGAUAUGUCCAAUCUACAUGGCGGUGCUUCCCCGAUGUACCAUCCUUCGAUGCAACAGCAAGAAGAAAUGUUAUUGCAACUUGCGAUUCAAGAAAGUUUUCGCACUGGUGAAAAUGCCGGUUCUGGAGCAAGCUUAGGUCCAUUGAUACCCGAUGCUUUACCUGUAUAUGACGAAGAAGCCGAAGAGCAAAGGCAACUAGCUGUGGCUAUCGAAGAGAGUUUACGAACAUCUGGCUUACCUCCAGCCGCUGCUGAUGCGGCUCCGGAGGAGGCCGAGGAUAGCCUUGCCCUGGCGUUGCGGCUUUCACGUGAUGAAGAACAGAGACGACGAGAGGAAGCUCAAAAGGAAGAAGAAGAGCUCCAACGUAUUUUACAACUUUCUCUAGUCGACAAAUAAGGUCUAAUUUUUCUAGUCUGAAUUAUGACAUAUUGUAAGUAGUUAACUAUCGCACAAGCUUUCCUUCACCUCGGCUCAAUAAGUUCUUGGUCACUAAUGGCGUACUACUUGUCCUACCUUACUCUUCGCUGUAAUGUUUUUUUUUGUUGUGUAGUGGCUUUAUCUAUAUCUAAUGAGAAAAUUCUAUCCCCUAGAUCUCUUGCAACUUUUCACUAUCCAAAUGAAAACUAUCUGACAACAUAAUCUUUUGUCUCAGCUGAAAUCCCCGGUAUGGCUCAUGGAACAACUCUAUAUAGUCCCAGUUAUCUGUGCUUUGGUGAACAUUACUACAUCAUGAUGGGUGUGCUUUUCCACUACUUCAAACCUGUACAAAACCUUGUAAAUAAAAAGUAAUUGGUGUGUUUUCACUACAAUUUGGAUAGCAGAUCAUAAGUAUUAUCACUGGAUGGCAAACUUCAAUACUGUGCCAUAUACAGCCGGCACUUUCUUCGUUGUACAUUAUUCUGCUGUCAAUGUUACCGUAGACAACAUGCAUAUGUAAGCAUGACCUGCUUCGAUUUAAGCGUCUUUAUUGUCCAAAUGUGUGUUGACUUAUUCUGCCUCGCCCUCAAUCAUAAUGGUGGCCAUAGCUAUAAAACUACUCUAAAAAUUCACGGCAAUUUACCCUGUCUAGGAUAAAGUUGUCUGAAGAAAC